AUGAAAAUGGAAAACAAUUUUUCAAGUGCAUCCUCAAGCCACCAACAUGAGGACAGUGAAGAGACAGUUGUAAGUACAACUAAAAAUGUUGAUAUGCAUUAUACAUCCAAUGUUAAUAAAAUAAAUGAAUAUAUUGAAAAGUUAGAUAUGCUAGAUAAUAAUUUGGAUUUAAAAAUAACUUUAAAUCAACAGAAGGAAAAAGAAAAUUUUAUAAACAAUAUUGACAACAUAAAUAUCUAUAUAAAAAAACAUAUGUCAUUUAAAAAAAAAUUAAAUGAAAUAAAUAAAUCUUUUAAAAAAAACUGUAAUUAUGAUGCAUUUUCUAAAAUUGAAAGUGUGUAUAAAACUAUAUCAAAUAUAAAUUCGUCCUAUGAAUUUAUUAUAUUAAAAAUACAAAUUGAAGAUUAUAUAAAUAAAAUCGAAGAAAAUUUAAAAAUAGAUAAUUACAUUGGUACUAUUCCAUUUUUAAAAUCAUUUUUAGAAAUCCGUAAAAAUAUAUUUAAAUAUAAUUCAUUAUAUUUUCUAAGUCUUAAUGAAAAAAAAUAUGAGCAAAAAUUUUCCAACUUUUUAAGUGACGAAGAUAAGACUAUUCAAAAUGAUAUAACAGAUUAUGUUAAUUAUAAAAGACCUUCUAUUUUUCAAAAUUAUUUAGAUAAAAAAAAAACACAUGAACAUGUUCAGGCAUAUACACAAAUGUAUGAAAUGAAUAAAGACAAAAUAGAUUUGCUUAACAGGUAUUACAACUUGGUGAAAGAAAUAAUAGAAGAUGAAAUAAUUGAACUGAUUAAAAAGAAAGAUAUCGACAAUGUAAAGGAUAAAAUAAAUAUUUACUUGAGCUUGUUUACAACACAAAAUGAAAAAAAGAUGGAAGUCAAAACAGGUAGCAUAGAUAAUGCAGAAGCAAAAAAGAAUUCUAACGAAACCCCUUUUGAAGAUAGUGAAAAUAAUAAACAAAAUGAUAAUUUGCAUUAUAGCAGUAAUGACAGUGAUAAAGAAUAUGACAAACAUGAGGAAGUAGGUAAUGGUGAAAAUGGUUUAUUAAGAGAGGAGGAUGAAAGUGAUAAUGAUUCAUCAGAUAAAUGCAAUAAAAUUGAAAAUAAAAAUGAAAUAGAUGAUUAUUUAAUAUAUUAUGAUGAAUAUUUAUUCGUAUGUGUAAUUAUAUUUACACUUGUAGAAAUAGAAAUAGAUAAAAUAAUAGAUCUAUUAAAAAAAAAAAUAGUUAGUAGUGAAGAUAAUGUAUAUAUUGAAUGUAUAAAAAAUUGUUAUAGCUGUUUAUAUAAAUAUAAUAUAUAUUUUGAAAAGCUAGUUAAAGACAAUUUAAUAUAUAUUAUAUAUAAUAGAAAAAUCGAACUAAUAUAUAAUAAAAUAAUUAGUGUAAUAUUCCGUACCUUUUGCUAUCAAGUUAAAUUGUGUAUAAAUACUUUUGAUGAGUUAAAGGAUUAUGAUAAAAAUAUAGAAAUAUUAUCAUUACUAUGUUAUAAUUUUGUUAAUAUAAAAAUAUAUUUACACGAUUUAUAUAAUAAUAAAUUUCAAAAAUUAAACAACAUAUUUGAUAUAAAAAAUUAUAUAAAUACAAAUAUAUAUUCAAAUAUAAAUGGUAUAUAUAAAAAUAUCCCCUAUAUAAAUAUUAUACAAGAUUCUAUAUGUUCUUAUAUAGAUCAUGAAAUUUUAUUUUCAAGACAUUGCAUUAAUAAAGCAUUUAUUUUGACAGAUGAUAUUAUGCUAUCUCUAAUUGAUGAUGGUAAUAAUAAAACAUCUGAACCAUAUAAUCAAAAUAUUUCGACAUAUAAUGAUGAAAUAUAUAGUAUUAACAGUGCAGGUAAUAAUAAUGAAUAUACCUCAACUUUUUUAGAAGACUCUUUUUUUAUUUUUCAAAAAUCUGUUUGUAGAAGUAUAAACAUGAAUGAUAUUAAUAUCAUAUGUGUUUUAAUAAAUAAUAUUAUGAUAAUAAUUUCUACUACUUUAAAAGAAUACCUAACAGAUAAUAUAAAAACAAGUAAAAAUAUAUAUUCUUCAUUUAUUCAUGAUAUUAAUAAUUUAAAAAAUUUUUCAUUUAAAAAAUUGUUAAAAAGUAUAGACAGUAAUAAUUAUACAGAAAAUAGUAAAAGUAAUAAGACAGUACAAAUAGCCCAAAAUUUUGUAACAUCAUUAAGUUAUAUUAGUUCAGAAAAUAAUAACAAUGAAGAUGAUAAAAAAAAUAACUUCCCUAAUUUUAAUAGUAAUGAUAUUUCAAACAAUUCAUAUACUACACAAUAUGGUCUAAAUAAUGCUUCAGACAAUUUGUUUACUGGUCGAUCUUGUAAUAAUACAAAUAUCGAUGAUAUUUACAACUAUUUAACUCAGGAUAAUUAUAAUAAUUUAUAUAAUCCAUUAAAUAAUAAUCAUGAUAAUAUAGAAAAUCAAAUUAUUAAUUCAAAAUUUAGUUAUCCUCAUUGUAUUAAUAAUAUUGAGGCAUGCCAUCAAUAUAUACAAAAAUAUAAAAUUUUUAUUCAUGAUUAUUUUUCCGAGCGAUUUUUACAAAAUGAUAUAUCGCAAAAAAAAAAAACACAAAAUUAUUUACUUAUGUUUAAUAAUGCAUUGACUAAUUAUGACAACAUUUUAAAUGAUUAUGAAAAAUUAAAUAUAGAAAAUUGUAAAAAUUUAUUAAACAUUUUAAAAAUACAUUUUGUCUCUCAAUUAGUAGUAAUCGAAAAUAUCAACUUUGACAUAUCUAGCGAACAAUAUUCUUAUUAUCAAUUAAAUGACCCAUACAUACAUAACUUAAUAGUUAAAAUUAAAUUAAUUUUACAUCAUAUAUCUCUUUAUUUUAAUCAAAAUAUUUAUCACAUAAUUGUAAACAUGCUGGCUGAAAAGAUUUGCAAGUAUAUUGAACGGAUUGUAAUGACAAAAAAAUUCAGCCUUUAUGGGUGUGUGCAAAUAGAUAACGACAUAAGAAAUCUUAUGCUCUUUUUUACUUCAGUAACAAGUAUUAAUAUAAAAAAGCAAUUUUUAAAAUUAUUGGAAAUUUGUGAACUAUUAAAUAUAAAUGAUUUACAAGACUUUAAAGAUUUUUAUGAUGAAAAUAAAAAUAACUUAAGUACAAAUGAAAUUGAAAAUAUAAUAUCACUUAGAAAUGACAUUCCUGAUGAUUUUUUAAAAUCAAUUAAGCUAUAUAUGAAUUUGAAGAUUUAG